AUGUCGCUGGUGAUAUUGAUGAGCUCCGCCUGUCAAGCCGGGCUUCUGCUCGGCUUCUUUCUCCUGCUGGUCCUGCUCUGUCCGGCCUCGGCCGGCCCGUGGAUCGACCUCAGCCACACAUACGACAAGGCCACACAGUACUGGCCGGGCUUACUCAAGUUCAACCUGAGUGAAGUGUUCAAGGGCCAGUUGGACGGCUACUGGCUGGAGAUGCACAACUUCGAGACCGCGGAGCAUGGCGGCACCCACAUGGACGCGCCCGCGCAUUUCUUCAGGGGCGCCUGGACUCUGGAGCAGAUCCCUAUCGAUCGGUUUGUGGCGCACGCGGCUCUGGUCAACAUCUCCGCCCGGAGUGAUGCUGACCCUGACACGACCUUGACCCCGGCCGACCUGAUCGCCUGGAAGGAGGCGCACGGCAACUGGCGCUACCCCAUCGUCCUGCUGGUGUACACCGGCUACGCUAACCACUGGGGCAACAGCACGCGCUACUGGGGCGUGACGCCCGAGAAGUUCAAGACGCAGAAAGCAGUGAAUGGACAUGACCUUCACUUCCCUGGUAUCGGCGCGGCGGCGGCUGAGAUGAUCGCCGCCGACGACGCCAUCGUCGGUGUCGGCAUCGACACGGCCUUACUGGAUCCGGGCACUACCAAGAUGUUCCCCGCCCACACGGCGCUGUUCCGGCGCAACAUCUUCGGCCUGGAGAACUUGGCAGACAUGAGCCGGGUGCCGGCCACCGGCGCCACGAUCAUGGCCUUGCCGAUGAAGAUUGGCGGCGGCAGUGGCGGGCCCUGCCGCGUGCUCGUGCGCCUGCCGUAGCCGGUGAUGAGCAGCGACCUAGCAGUCCGAUCACGCCGCAGACUGGGGGAGCCGAUGCGCG